AUGGCUGGCGGUGAGUCAAUCAGGUCUGGCCCUGUUGGGACACUCGACGUAGCGACCGACCGGUUCGUGGAGACGGAUACACCUCUGGAACAAAAGGCAAACCAGCAUACAAGGGCAUUGCAGACUGUAUCGUUCAAUGACGCCUCCGUACUUUCCGUCGCCAUCGACCAGCGUCGUGGCAUCCUUUUCUGCGGCUCGCAGUGCGGUACAAUCUUUGUAUGGGAUAUGUCCACGCAGCAGCAGCUUGCACAAUUAAUGGGGCACACGCGGAGUGUACUUGCCUUGGAAAUCGCGCCGGGGCGAGACUGGUUGUUUAGUGCCUCGUCUGACAGCACUGUCCGACAGUGGGAUUUGGCGACGUACGAGCCGCUGUCCCUCAUAUACCCAGCCAGCGAUAAUUCUGGUGACAUUUUUUCCAUGGCAUGGUGCAGUCAGCAGGAUACGCUAUUUUUUGGUUGUCAGGAUACGUCGAUCCAGUGGAUUAGCAUUACGCCCACAUUUCUGGACGAUGCACCGCGCCAGGGCCUACCCGAAUCGCGCCCACACAAAUUUUUUGAUUCCAUGUCGCGGGCGAUGGGAUCGUCGCAGAAUACCCUUCCGCUCGCUGUGCGUACGGCUGAGCAACUCAUCCGGCGUACCGCCGUGCAGAUCAUUGCAAAAGCCGGUGAGGCACCGAAGUCUCGCACGCCGUCGAAAAUGGUGGUACUUGCGGUGAGCAAGUCGCACGUUUUGCCGUCGGCGCACUUUGGAUAUGUGUACAGCAUGAUUUUUGUACCUACCCGGGGCGAGGUGCCCCUCCUUGCAAGUGGCUCUGGCGACGAAACCGUGCGGCUAUGGGCAAUUGUAGACGGAAAUCCUGUGCUGCAACGCACGCUCGAAGUCGCAGAGCCUACAGGAGAUACUAUUCUGACCAUGUGCGCAUGGGAAACUACGCUGCUCGCGGGAAAACAAGGUGGGUUGAUUGAUGUAUGGGAUAUGGAUUCCUACACCCAAAUUCGUGCGUUGCGCGGCCACACAGACGACGUCCUGUGUUUGCAGCUUUCCGACCUUGGCGGGGAGCUUACCUUUUUCUCUGGGAGUGCAGAUGGGCAUGUCUGUCGCUGGAACAAGUACUUUCAAUGCGACGCACGCUGGAUUGCACAUGCGGACAUCGUGCAGAGCUGUGCGCUGUAUUUUGGGCGCAAAGGGGCCAAGAGCCAGUAUUCGUGGCUCACGACAGACCCCAUGCUCGUCACUGGCUCUUCAGAUGCAAGCGUCCGCCUUUGGCCGUUGUUGUCUAGCCCCUUGCCAGGGGUUAGUCCGGUACCGCCCCCAGCCCAUCCACCGUGCUCCUCGCUGCUGCACCGACUCUCGGAAUUCGUAGGGUACAAGAGUGUUUCGCAUGGUCCAACCCUGCUGGUCGAUGCCGAAAAUAGCGAGGAUGCUCGACAGGCUGCCCACUUUUUGAAAAACACGCUCAUGCAGCUGGGCGCGAGCGAAGUGCAGCUCAUUCCAUGCCGCACAGGUGCAAAUCCCAUGGUGCUCGGCACAUUUAAGGCAAAUAGUGUACGCGGCGCCAAGCGGCGCUGUCUCUUUUAUGGGCACUACGACUGCAUGCCUGCGAGCGAAGAUUGGGAGAGCAAUCCAUGGGAGUUGCACGGGCGCAAUGGGUAUUUGUAUGCGCGCGGAGUGAGCGACAACAAAGGCCCUGUGCUUGCUGUAGCAUAUGCGGCAAGCGAUCUGCUGCAUGCGCACCAGCUGGAUGUGGAUGUAGUCAUGCUGGUCGAGGGUGAGCAAGAGACGGGCUCCAAAGGCUUCCACGCAUGCUUGCAAGCGAAUCGCGCUUUGCUAGGCCACAUUGACGUUAUCUUGGUAUGCAAUUCCUACUGGCUCGGCGAGCAGCGUCCGUGCAUCACCGUCGGUCUUCGUGGCGUGAUUCAGGCCAUGGUUCGAAUCACUGCGCUCCGCUCCGACAUUCAUUCGGGUGUGGAUGGCGGCGCAGUGCAGGAGCCAAUGAUGGACAUGGUCAAACUGCUUGCGACACUCACAGAUGCAAAUGGACAUGUGGCAUUACGUGGCUUCUAUGACCAUGUAUCUCCAGUGGAUGAGCAGGAGCAUGCAUACUACAGCAAGCUUGCGCACGAAGUGCAAAAGCAACCCGAGCGUUUGAUUGCACGCUGGUGCAAACCCUCGUUUACCGUUCAUCAAGUCACCAAUUCCGGACCGAGUCAUGCCACCGUGAUUCCGAGCUCUGUGGAAGCCUCGCUCAGCAUCCGCAUCGUGCCCAACCAGGAUCUGCAUGCGGUGGAACGUAUUUUAGAAGAGGGGAUCCGACAAAACUAUGUGGCAAUGCAAUCGACCAACCAGCUAGACGUGCGCAUUUUCCACCGUGCCGACUGGUGGCUCGGCUCCCUAGAACUUGCUUACACACAUGCCUUGGUUGCCGCCGUCGAGGCCGAAUGGCACGAGCCGCCUGUCAUGAUCCGCGAAGGCGGCUCCAUCCCUGGUAUUGCUAUUUUGGAAAAGGAACUUGGCGCCCAGGCUGUGCAUCUGCCCAUGGGCCAAGCCUCAGACCAUGCACACUUGCCCAACGAGCGGAUUCGACUCAUCAAUCUGGAAAAAGGACAAGCCGUCGUGCGUCGCUUUUUUCAGUUCCUCGGCGACAUGGACUAG